AUGCUACUCAUCGCCCCAAUAUUACAAGUCAUAUUUUUCUUAUCGAUCGCAUCCUCCUUUGCUGUCUUAAAUCCAGCUGGUAGUAUCGGGUCCAAAGCGACCGCCCAAGAUGGAGCAUGCAUCAAGCAAGGCGGUCGCUGUGCCCAAACACCCUGUUGUAGAGACUCGGGCCUAAAAUGUCAGCUAGACGGCUAUGGCAUCCAUGUUUGCGAAUUUGAAAAAGAUAAUGCGCCUCCGAUUACUAGAUCGACACUGGAUGCUUUCCGUGAAAUUUCUCGAGCAUUUGGGGGAAUGGCUUCGACAGUUCUGAAUACCCUCGCCCCUCAGUCUAAACAUCAAGAGGUUGGUGAAGAUUUUGGUAUGAAGUUAGAGGUUUCUUUGAGACUAGGUGAUGAAACUGUUGCUGCGAAGGAAUCUUGUAGCAAAGCCGGCUCAUCUUGCGAUUUCCAGAAAGGUGAAUACUGUUGCCCGUCACUUGUUUGCUACAUUUCCAGGAGUUCAAGCAUAAGUGAAUGCCGUCCACCUUCCGAUGUAAAGUCUGAAGACGAAGAAACUCUGGAUAUACUGCGGAAACCAUAUCUGUCACUUGAACAGAACUUGAACUUGAACUCGAAUAUGGAUGAAAGUCUUGAGUCAGAGGGAGAGAAGAUAGAAGAAGCAAGCAAGUGGGAUUUUCUUGAAGUAAUGAAACCGCCGCAUAGACUGGACGAUAUCACCGAGUUGCCCAAGUGUAAACCAAUGAACAUGAAAUGCAAUCCCAUAAGCGGUAUAAGAGUUUGCUGUCCGGACUUAGACUGUAUACAAGUAGGUCCCUCAUAUGAAGAUUUCGAAUGUAGGCAAGCUUUGGAGGAUCAGGACAAAGUGGAAGCUACAGCAUCUUCAUACAAGAAGAAAAAUGGCGACAAAUUGCAGUGGUUUCUUGGUGGCUGA